AUGGUCAUCAAACUACGGUCUAAAUGUCUUCGAAUGGCAAUCUGGCUGAUCCUGAUGGCCAAUUGUUUUGCAGCGACAUAUGGAACGACGACUACAAUUACCAUCCCAUCCGGUACCGCAAUCCGGGGCAGAGCAAAUCAACAAGGCACGUUCGACUUUCUCGGAAUUCGCUUUGCUGUCGCCCAGAGAUGGGAACCAGCCGUUCUCCUCAACAAUGCAACAACGAUCGAUGCCUUCAACCUACGAGAAAGUUGCCCACAGAUUUGUCAAACGGUUCUGUGUCCUGAUCGUAUCUCUGAGGACUGUCUGUUUAUGAAUGUGUUCACUCCGAUAGAUGAUCCAUCCCAGUUUGCGGUGGGCGGUUUGCCUGUGCUUGUGUUCUUUCAUGGCGGAUCAUUUGAGAUUGGAGGUGCCGGAAUGGGCGUUUAUGAUGCCUCCGAACUUGCUAAAGCUUUAAAUGUUAUCGUUGUAUCGUUCAACUACCGGCUGGGAGUUUUUGGGUUCUUUGAUAUGACUGGUGUAGAUCCUACGCUUCCAUCGACUUAUCCGAGAAACUUUGGCAUUCUGGAUCAACGGCUUGCUCUCCAAUGGGUAUCCAUCAAUAUUGCAGCAUUUGGUGGUAAUUCAAGCGAUUUGACACUUAUGGGUCAAUCCGCCGGAGCGCAAUCUAUUCUCAUUCACCGAUCGCACCCUUCUACUCGACAUUUCGCCUCCAAGAUGAUUCUAAUGAGUCCACCAGCUCUGGCCUUGUCAUCAACAAGACAAGCUCAAAUAGAUGCACAGAAGGUUGCUGGCCGGCUUGGCUGUGCCAAUCGAACGUGCUUGCAGGAGGCUUCGAUGCGCGAGGUUUUGAACGCAAAGGAUGGGCAUGUGCAGGAGGAAGAGAAGAGAAUGUCGGACAUCGCGUUCAAGACGAUGCCACCCAUUAUAGAUGGUGUAGACGUUAUAGCGAAUCCAUUUGAGAUAUUGAGCCAAGAGGUGCAUAUGAUUGGAGUUAAGGCCAUCAUUGGAGGGGUAUCCAACGAAACAUACCUAUUCCUCGAGCAGGGCCUUUCCGGUGACCUCAGUACACCUCUCUUUAACGUCAUUGUAAAUGCCCUUUAUGCACCCAAUGAUGGCGAAUGUCAACAUAUGUACGGUGGAGAUUCUGAAGACUUCCUUGCCAACAGGAAACCGAUUCUAACUCGAAUGACGACCGAUUGGGUGUUUUUAUGUCCCCAGAGGCAGUCAGUGCGGUCAAGUGCAGCGGAGGUUUGGUCGUACGUCUUUGAGGCGCCUUGGUUGGGUGGACCGGAGGAUGCACUGGGCAACAUCUGUAAAGAUAUGGCCUGUCAUACGACGGAUUUGUCGUUUGUGAUGAAAAUGCCAGACGAUGCCCCUUCCAAACAAGUGACAACUGCCCUUCGAGAUUACAUUCGGGUCUUUAUUACCGGCACGAAUACAACGUCUGAUCUCCCCAUCUGGCUCCAAUCAACCAGUAACACCACAGCCUUCCCCAUCCUCCGAUUUCCAAACCCCUCCACCCAAACCUCAGGCAAUUAUACUCCAUUAUCGGAGGCCAGUCAUCCCCUUUCCUCCUAUUGCGAUUUCUGGGACACCCAAGGAUACGAGUAUGCUCCCAUCUAUUCCAUGACUGGCAUAACCGAGGCGAAAGCUCAGGCUUCGGCACUGAGUGCGGCGGAGCUCUCUGUCGCCCUUGGUUUAAUUGGUUGCAUAGUGCUUUGGGAACUUGGUCUCCUUCUUGGUGGUUUAAUACUACGACAACGAUUGUACGGCAUUUUCGCUGCGGUAUACAAAAGUGAAACAGAGAUGAGCAAGGCGAUGCAAUUGGGAAAUGCGGAGGCCAUGUCAAAAUAUAAGACUAUGAGCCAAGAGGAGAGACCUAAACCUGUCGUCUUGGAGUGUAGGAAUUUGACUUACCGCGCUGGAGAUGUGCCCGAAGGAAAACGUUUGUUGGAUUCGGUUUCUUUCAAAUGUGAACCUGGGACUGUGACUGCUAUCAUGGGCCCUAGUGGUGCGGGAAAGACGACGCUGCUUUCUUUGUUGAACCGCCGUUUAAUGGCAACCACGACUCAGGACAAAAUAUAUCUGGCCGGAAAACCUCUUGCGGAGUUCAACGCAACCACUUUCCGUUCAAUGACAGGAUUUGUUGCACAACACGAUGCACCGUACUACGGUUUAACUGUUCGUGAAGUGAUGAUGUUCAAUGCGAUGCUAGAGUUACCAACAACAAAAACGCACCAGGAUAGAGUCCGUCGCAUCAAUCGCCUCCUCGAUCUUUUGAAUCUUGCGCCCUGCGCUGAUGUCUUGAUUCAGCGUCCAGAAAGUAAUAAGGGAGGUAUAUCCGGAGGCCAGAUGAGGAGGCUGUCAAUAGCUGUGGCUUUGUUGAGGAGGCCCAGUAUCUUGUUUUUAGAUGAGCCUACCUCAGGAUUAGAUGCGAAAUCGUCCCUUGACGUCGGCAAUGCCCUCUCGCAACUUGCUUUACAAGGCUACACAGUAAUCUGCUCUAUCCACCAACCCCGUACCGAGAUGUUCCAACUUUUCUCUCAAGUCACCGUCCUCACAUACGGUCGUCUUCUCUUUUCCGGAUCGCCAAACGAGUCCGUUGCCCACUUUACCAAGUUGCGAAACGCACUCGCUACGCGCAAUACUUCAUCAGGAUGUCUUCGUACGGCAGAGGAAGAUGAAAAGGAAGAUGCAGUGACCAAUCCGGCAGAUUUGAUUCUAGAUGUUGCAGGCGCGAUUGCACUCCGUGACGCUGCAUGGGCUUGUGCGCAGUGGAACUUGGACGGUGCUGGUGAUGUGGAGGCACAUAUAGAUGAUCCUGUUGAUGCUGACGCAGGGACGGGCAUUGCUACGGGCCCAGAUGCAGUGCUUGGCGAGAGAGGUCAAGGCACGAGUGCUUUUUUUACAACCGAACUCGGGUCAGGCUCGUUAAUCCCCCUCCGUCGCCCAGACUCUAUGGACAGACUCGAGAGUGGAACAGCCCGCCUAACCAAAACUGUGCACACUAUAAUCCCGACAACUACAAUAGCACCGUCUCUCUCCGUGGAGGCAGUUCAAAUAUCUACAGGAAAAACCUGGAAGAAACGGCGGGACCCGCACCGACCGGGCGCAUUUAAGCAGAUGCUGAUUCUUACUUCCAGGUGGUGGUUGACAAAGCCGGUGCCGCGUAAAUUGAAUAUGACGAUUAUAUCUGGAUGUGGAGUAUGGAUAUUGGCUUUAUUGCAGAGACGGCCUGGCGAUGAUGCUUUGUCGAUUGUCCUACAGACCAAAGGGUUGGCUUUGGCCUGCGUGGGUCUCCCUGCCUUGAAAAACAUUCACAUCUCCUUCGACUACUAUGAAGACCGGGAUAUCUACAACUACGACUCUCAAAAUGGCACCGUCGAUCCCCUUUCCUUCUUUCUCCAUCGUCUAAUUUACGAAACUGCUAUGGCAACUGUCGAAGGUUUCCUCGCCGUCAUAUCUGCAUACUUCUUACUGGGGUGCAAUCCAGAUUCCCUCCGAAUUGGGACAGCCAUGACACUCUUUGUCGUCUAUUACAACUGCACAACAACGCUAUUCACACUUGUUUAUUGCACCAGACUGGGAAGACCUGAAGCGCGGAGUAUUGCCUUCUUUUCGCAGGCGGUAUUGGCCAUUGCCAGUGGGAUAUGGAUCAAGAAGGGGGACACGAGCGUCUAUGAUGUGAUUGCUUGGUUUCAAUAUUUGAAUCCCACCUAUUGGGCUCUGUCAGCUCUGAUUCGGACCAAUGCUGUGGGUCUUGGAGAGUGCUUGCUAGAGAAGGAUGGAGUAUGUCAGGCAAACCUUGGAGAUGUUAUCGCGGAGGAAGCACGAACCGAAAAUGUGUCCCCUGCAAAUGGUCUCUUGGCACUCUUUAUCAUCUGGCUCGUAAUGCGAUUCCUCCAAUUCUUGUUUUUACUGCGAGACGCAUACUGGGACGUAUUUUGGAGCGCAAACAAGAGUCGGUUUGGGCCAGCUGCUUGGGUUAGAGCCAGCCAGAGAGUUUUGGACGCUGCAACCAAGAAGGAGAUGGCGACACAGACGGGCGCUUCGUUGGAAGGGUUUGAGGAAUUUAUGCAAGGAUUGGAGGAGAAUGUGGAGCAAACCAUGGAAGAGGCGGUAGGGAAGGUCGAAAAGAAUGAUGGAAAGCGGACUGAUUAA